UGACAACAUAUAGGUAUAUACAUGUAUGUAGUCUUGUUUUGUCUGCAUGCGCGUCUUUGGAAAUAAAAUCGAAAUUUUAGUAAACAAUUAUGGAUACAUAAAGGAUGCGGAAAGAAAUUCUUAUUUCGGUAAGAAAUAGUUAUUGAUCAGCUGAAAUUUAACAACGUUUCGAUGUCAACUCUGGAAAAGAUGCAUGCAAUCCCGGGAAAGAUUAAAAAUACCGGCAGUACGGUGUAUGCCGGGAACAAUCCACGCCACGCCCCCGUCCGCCUUGUUAAACCCAUAUCAGUGCCUAUCUAUGAACUGCCAGAAUACGUCUGCGUGGAGACCAAGUGGGUGUCAAGGAAAUACGCAAUCGAAAACUCAAUACAGCUGAAUGGAAUACACGAUAAGAUGACAAAUGGCGUAGCCACGGAAGCUCCCAAAAAACCUGCACAGCAUAAGCUGAAUGAAUCCACUGGCAUGUUUGUGAGUGAAGGAACCCUUCCCUGUAGGGAACGCGCCAUCCAAACGGAGGACCCGAGCUCAAAGGAUGUGGGAAUUCAAUGCCGUCGGGACUCGGAGGAGUGGAAUCUGCCUGAGGCUCAACCUAAGGAGACUAUUGAAUCCCCCGACUCCGUUAGCUUUCUCACCUAUGUCAGUGAGAAUACCAGUAUGUUUCCCAAUGGGAUGCUAGAGUGCCAGAUCUGUGGAGAUAUAGCAAACACUUUGCUGGAGCAUCAGGCUCACAUGACUGUGCAUUAUGGACCAAGUGCUCUGUGCUUUAACUGUGGCCAACGUCUGGAUCACGAGAAUCUCUUAGUUCGCCACAGUUUAAGUUGUCCUGCCCUGUCGCCACGAAAGUCAUCCAUGCUCUUUAAAUGUCCUCAUCCACUUUGCAAUGCCAUGUGCCACUCGGAUGUGCAGUUGCUUCAGCACUUAGGUAAACACAGUGGCCUGAAGAGCUAUAGAUGUCUAAAAUGCAAGCGCUACUUUAAUACAACAACAUCAUUUUUAAUACAUCGAAAAAAAGAACAAACGUGCUUUAGGGCAAAACUGCUUACUUUCUUCCGGAAACACAAGGGGCUACCCAAAGGUAAAAGCGACCCAAACCGUUGCACAGUAUGUUUAAAACGAUUCAGUAGCGAGAGGAUAUGCCUUAAGCACCGACGAAAGUGCAUCCUUGGCCAUUACCGACAGAUGAGUAAGGUUCUCUUUAAGGAAUUAUAAAGAGACAAAAAACAUACACACAAAUAUUUGACCUAGCUCAUAUUUAUUAGUAUAUAGAAAUCGAUAACAAUAAAGUGUGAGGAUCCUACGAA